AUGACUCGUAAUGUUGACCUUGUCCUUGUGGAGUACUGUACUUCACAAGACGACGACGACGAUGGUGACGACGAAGAUGGUGACGACGAAGAUGAUGGUGACGACGAAGAUGAUGGUGACGACGAAGAUGAUGGUGACGACGAAGAUGAUGGUGACGACGAUGAAGAUAUUGUGGCCUCGAGGCGAUGUUCUUACGUCUUCAGUCAACUACGAGGAACAUCUUCAGUCAACUACGAGGAAAAUAUUCAGUCAACUACGAGGAACAUCUUCAGUCAACUACGAGGAACAUCUUCAGUCAACUACGAGGAACAUCUUCAGUCAACUACGAGGAACAUCUUCAGUCAACUACGAGGAACAUCUUCAGUCAACUACGAGGAACAUCUUCAGUCAACUACGAGGAAAAUAUUCAGUCAACUACGAGGAACAUCUUCAGUCAACUACGAGGAACAUCUUCAGUCAACUACGAGGAACAUCUUCAGUCAACUACGAGGAACAUCUUCAGUCAACUACGAGGAACAUCUUCAGUCAACUACGAGGAACAUAUUCGGUCAACUACGAGGAACAUAUUCGGUCAACUACGAGGAACAUCUUCAGUCAACUACGAGGAACAUCUUCAGUCAACUACGAGGAACAUAUUCGGUCAACUACGAGGAACAUAUUCGGUCAAGUUACGAGAAACAUUUAUCGUGGGAAUCUUUAUUACACCCAGCCGGCCGAGGACACAAUGUUCCCUUUCUUAGAUAUAAACACAGAGUUGAACGAGAAUUAUCAACAAGGAGACAACGUUAA